AUGGCGUCGCCGGGGAAGGACGACGCGGCGGAGGCGGUGCGGGCGUACUUUGCACGCGCGACGAUCGCGGUGUGUGCGUACGCGAGGGAGGACGCGAGGGAGAUUGAACGGGAAUUGCGAGCGCUCGGCGCGGAGACGCGAGAGACGUACGACGAGACGUGCACGCACGUCGUGACGCCGUUUCAGCGAGGGAGUGGAUACGAACGAGGGAUCAAGGAUGGAAAAAUCGUCGUCUCCUACGCCUGGGUCGAAGACUGCGUGUCCACGGGGAGAGUGGUGGACGCCGAGGCGAAGGCGCUGUACGCGCCGCUUCGAAACGCGAACGGCGUCGAGGGGUUCGCGAGCGCGCGAAUCGUCGUCGAUGGGUACGUGGGACAAGAUAAACUCGAUCUCGUCGAACUCAUCGAGGCCGCGGGGGGGACGCACGAGGAAGAGAUGACGUCGAAGACGACGCACUUGGUGUGCUAUCGCGCCGGCUCUUCGGCGUACGUGCAAGCCGUCACGCGAGGACGCGUCGCCGUCGUCAACCACCUCUGGGUGGACGAGUGCGUGCGCGAGUGGACGCUUUUACCGGUGGAGGGAUACUCCAAGUUCGGCGUCGAGAUCGAUUACGAGCACGAUCUCGAGCUCGAGCGACGUUCGAGGAUGGCGCUCGAGCGCGACUUGGACGAGGAGGAGCGCCGAACGCAGAGCCUGCAGGAAUUGCUCGACGCCGAGGAGCGCGAGCGCGAGGACUUGCGCGAACAGCUCGAUGAGAGCGAACGUUUGCGCAUGGAGCUGCGAGACAUGCUCGAGGGCGAGGCGGACAAUCGAGAGGGCGUGCACGAGCAAUUUCUUCGCCAGCGAGGCGACGUGGAGGAAUUGCAACAGCUCCUGCGUCAAUCCGAGGCGAGUCGAUCGGAGCAAGAGGCGCGAAUCGUCCAGGCUGAGGAGGAGCGACGAUCGCUUUUGCGCCAGCUCGAGCAAACUCGCGGACUUCAGACGAACUUGCAAACGCAGUUUACGCACUCUCGACAAGAUUUGCUCACGCAACUCGAGCAGCGUUUGCAACAAAUCGAAGAGACACGAUCUGAGCUCGCCGAGGAGAGGCGCGCGCACGCCGAGACGCGGACGUUACUCGAAGACGAGCGUAAGAUUCACUUUACCGCGCACGAGAGAAUUAAGGCUGCUGAAAAGGAGUCGAAGAUGGCCAAGGAUUCGCUCAACAUGGAGACGCGCGAGAAGACGGCGCUGCAAAAGCAGUUGGACGCUGAGCGCAAGUCGCGCUUGCACAUUUUGAGCGACUUCGACAAUGAGAGGAAGCAACGCGAACAUCUCAUCAAACAGCUCGAGGCGGAGCAAAAACUUCGUCAGAGCUUGCAGCAAGCGGUGAGCGCCAAGGAGGAGCUUCGCGUGCGCGCCGAGGAAGAAAUUCAGCGUCUCAACGAGGAUAUUCAAGAGAUGAUGGAUGAGAUUGACAGAUUGAAGACGUUUGAGCCGCCCGAGUUGGACGACACCGAGAAGAUUCAGGUCAAGCUCUUCCUCGAGGAGGACAUUCGUUUCCUCGAGAUCGAGCCCGAUGUCUCGUUCGAGGAGCUCGUCAUCGCCGUCGGCAAGGUCUUCAUCGAAUCGUAUUCCAUCAAGUUUGAGGACGCGGACAAGCACCACAUCACGCUCAGAUCGACGGACGACGUGCGCAUCGCGUGUCGACAGCACGAGAGGACUGCGGCGACGUACCUCAAGCUAUUGUUAGACAAGGCGUCCAAGGAAAAGAGUGGAUUCUUUUCGAUGCGGCGUAAAACCCAAGGCAAAAGUUUGAGUGAAGACAGCGCGGCGCCCAAGCGUGGAUUUCUGUCGCGGAUGUUAUUUCGGAAGAAGGGGGUUGAUGCCGAGGGCGACGAUGAGUAA